AUGCCAAAUGCAAAAGCAAAACCUUCGGUGCUGACUUGGGAUGACUUUGUGAAAGCAUUUCGUGCGAAAUAUGUCCCCCCUGUCUAUUGUGAUGCUAAGAAAAAAGAAUUUCUGAAUUUAAGACAAGGGAGUAUGUCUAUUGCAGAGCGUCAACAAAAAUUUCUUAGGCUUUCUCGCUAUGCUGGAGGUAUUAUUGAUGGUGAAAGAGACAAGUGCAGAAAAUUUGAAGAAGGUUUGAAUUGUUACAUUCGAAAGUCUGUGGCAAUCUUGCAACUUGAGGAUUUUUCCAAGCUAAUUACAGCUGCUCUUACUUGGGAAAGAAUUGACAAGGAAGAAGCUAGUAGGAAAGAAAACAGGUUUAGGAAGGGUAAUUCAGAUUAUGGUGGUCCAUCCAAGAAGGUAAAGUUUGACUAUUCCAAGAUUGAAAGUGCACAGAAGUCAUCAUAUCAUAAGCAGAAUAAGCCAAAUUUCUCUACUGCUUGUACUCCAAGUUAUGUCCAAGAGGGCUCAGUUCAAAAGCCUGUCACUACUCAUUCUCAAGCUAAUAGUGGUGCAAGACCUAGAAAUGUGCAAGCAACGAGUUCGGGUGGAGCUAAUCAGGCUAGAGGGCCGAGAUCUACUGCACGAGUCUAUGCUAUGAGACAAAGGAAUGACCAAGAUGGCCCAGACGUGGUUGUUGGUAAAUUUCACUUAUUUGGCAUAUCUGUUGUUACAUUAUUUGAUCAUGGAUCUUCACACUCUUAUGUUUGCUCAUCACUUGCAUUUCCUGAUACUGUUAAAUCUGUGAGACUUGACUUUGAUGUGCUGGUCAUGAGUCCAUUAGGUCAUCAGGCUGUUGUUAACAGGAUUUACCGAGAUUGUCCAUUCAUGAUUCGAAAUCUGGUCUUCCCUGUAGACUUGCUUGAAAUACCCUUCCAGGACUAUGAUGUUAUUGUUGGUAUGGACUGGGUCCAUAGGAAGAUGAUUUGUCAAGGUUGUGAUGCUCAUAUAGUCGAUACACGAUUGGAGAGUCCAAGUCUUAAGGACAUACCAACCGUGUGCGACUUUCCUGAUGUAUUUCCUGAUGAGCUUCUUGGGUUGCCUCCAGAAAGGGAGAUUGAAUUUCCUAUACAGCUUGUCCCUAGAACUACUCCUAUUUCUAUCGCUCCUUAUAGAUUGGCCCCAGCUGAAUUAAAAGAGUUGAAGGCUUAA